AUGAAACUUUUGGAACUUGAUGAUAGAUUUUGGAUUUAUAGGCUGAGGCAAUACAAGAUUAAGCUUAACAAUUAUUUUUGUGAAAAACAGGCGAACGACGAAAGAGUAGCCAGAACCAUGAUUUGGAUUCUUUACGUCACCAUUUUGCUCGUCCUUUGCUGCCAGAAUAAUUCCCUUGCUUCUUCUAUCCGGGCUUAUUGCCUCCUUGCGCUGCUCAAGCUUUCUGAAAUCACGGCGGACGCGAUUUUCAACUCCCUCGACAUUCUAGCGCCCUGUUUUCUCAUCGGCUGGUAUUUCUUUGAAGCCGUCCGUGGAAUGCGACUGAAUCUUCAAUCUGUACAAGCAAAACUCUCCUCAAAUCCAGGAAACGAAGACUUCCCAAGAUCGAUUGGCGUUUCUUGCGCCAAAGAAGAGCGCGAAACUCAGCAUCGUUACGCAAGAUUGAUUUGA